AUGUUCGCCUCCUGCCGCUGCGUGCCGAGAGGCAGGGGGACCAUGAAGAUGAUCCACUUUCGGAGCUCCAGCACCAAAUCGCUCAGCCAGGAGAUGAAAUGCACCAUCCGGCUGCUGGACGACUCGGAGAUCUCCUGCCACAUCCAGAGGGAGACCAAAGGGCAGUUUCUCAUUGACCACAUCUGCAACUACUACAGCUUGCUGGAGAAGGACUACUUCGGCAUUCGUUAUGUGGACCCAGAGAAACAGCGGCACUGGCUUGAACCGAACAAGUCCAUCUGCAAGCAAAUGAAAUCUCAUCCACCAUACACCAUGUGCUUUAGAGUGAAAUUCUACCCACAUGAACCCCUGAAGAUUAAAGAAGAGCUCACAAGGUACCUUUUGUACCUGCAGAUUAAGAGAGAUAUUUUCCACGGUCGAUUACUCUGCUCCUUCUCAGAUGCUGCCUACCUGGGUGCAUGUAUCAUUCAAGCUGAGCUCGGUGAUUACGAUCCUGAUGAGCAUCCUGAGAAUUACAUCAGUGAGUUUGAGAUUUUCCCUAAGCAAUCACAGAAGCUGGAAAGAAAAAUGGCAGAAAUCCAUAAAAGCGAGCUCAGAGGCCAGAGCCCGCCGGUUGCUGAAUUUAACUUACUCCUGAAAGCUCACACUUUGGAAACCUACGGGGUAGAUCCUCACCCAUGCAAGGAUUCAACAGGCACAACCACAUUUUUGGGAUUCACUGCUGCAGGCUUUGUAGUAUUUCAGGGAAAUAAGAGAAUCCAUUUGAUAAAAUGGCCAGAUGUCUGCAAAUUGAAGUUUGAAGGGAAGACAUUUUAUGUGAUUGGCACCCAGAAGGAGAAAAAAGCCAUGCUGGCAUUCCAUACCUCAACACCAGCUGCCUGCAAACAUCUUUGGAAGUGUGGGGUGGAGAACCAGGCCUUUUAUAAGUAUGCCAAGUCCAGUCAGAUCAAGACUGUGUCCAGCAGCAAGAUCUUUUUUAAAGGAAGUAGAUUCCGAUACAGCGGAAAGGUUGCCAAAGAGGUGGUGGAGGCGAGUUCCAGAAUCCAGAGGGAGCCUCCAGAGGUGCACAGAACCAACAUUACCCAGAGCCGCAGUUCCCACUCCUUGAACAAACAGCUCAUUAUUAACAUGGAGCCCCUGCAGCCCUUGCUGCCUGCCCCCAGCGAGCAGGAAGAGGACCUUCCCCCGGGUGAGGGUAUUCCUUUGCCCAAAGAAGAUGCCAUUUCUGCCCCCUUGAUCUCCAGCUCACCAGUGAAAGAAGCUCGGGAGUAUGAAGAACCCCCAAGCGAAGAGGAAGAUAAAAUAAAAGAAGAGCCUCUGACUAUCUCUGAACUGUCAUACAACCCCAGUGCAAGCCUGCUCCCCACCCCAGUUGAUGAUGAUGAGAUUGACAUGCUCUUUGACUGUCCAUCUAGGCAAGAGUUGGAAAGAGAAGACUUGGAUUCAUUUGAGGAACUGGAAGCAGAUGAAAAUGCCUUUUUGAUGGCCGAAGAAGAGGAGCUAAAGGAGGCUCACCGAGCUUUGUCGUGGAGCUAUGACAUUCUGACCGGCCACAUUCGGGUGAACCCACUGGUCAAGAGUUUUUCCAGGCUCCUUGUGGUGGGCCUGGGGCUGCUGCUCUUUGUAUUCCCCCUGCUCCUCCUCCUUUUGGAGUCAGUCUCCAUGCAGUAA